UCGAAAAAUAAUAGUAAACAAAGAAACCGAUUACAAAAAAGUAACUUGAUAAAUGCAGGAUUUUAAUCGUUGUAACAAAGUUGCAGGCGUUUACUGGUUAAAGAAAGAUGUGAGAGAUUUACAAAUAAAAAUAAAACUAAAACCUCAAGAUGGCAUUUUAACUUUACCAAAGUUCGAAGACUGCACGAAAGGAAGUAACAUUUUAAAACUAGAGAACACUGCAGAAGAACAUUCAUUCAAAUGGCAAGAAAAAGUAUUCAGUUUGUGGGAAAUCCAACGGUACACAGACGUGCACAACUGUAUCACAGAAACAGAAUUAAAUUACCAUGAAGUUUUGGAAAAUGUACAGUACAAACCUGCAAAGAUAUUCAGUUACAUCCAUGAUGAUUCUUACCUACCUUUGCCUGUUGAUUUAAAAAAAAGAAACAAUGGUCUGCUCAAUUUAGAGCAGUGUAUGGAGAAGUUGAAUUUAAAUGAUGGUUUAGAUAAAGUAUUUGGUUGUGACACAAUUUCUGCCACUGGCCUGUUUAGAAGUGAAGAAAAUGUUGCUUUAGAAGAGAAGGAAUGGACGGCUAUGCAUAUUGUGUUUGAUAAUUCUGAUUAUAAUGAAGACUCCCAAUUAAUAUUCAAGCAAGAAGUAUCUCUCAUUUCUAUCUAUCACAACAAUAUACACAACUACCUGGUGAUGAUGCCAGAUGUGAACAACCUCGACCUGAACCCGUACAUAGUGGAAACGUCAGCCGGUGUGCCAUGGGGGUACCAGUACAGCAUUGAAAUUGAAUUUGAAGAUGAUGAUGCUGAGGAGUUAGUGACAUUGCUAACAAAACUCUACAAAAAAUGGGAGCGGAAACAAAAGCAUUUGUUAAACUUUGUAAUGCCACCUCCCGGCAAGAAGCAGUUCUUUGUAACACUAGAGAUUUUAACUGCAGCACAUUUUGAUAUGGAUAACCUGUAUAUUGAGUUUGAUAUCAAGGUACCUGAAGAUAUACAGUGCCCUGACUCUCUUCAUGGAAGGACUCAUACAAGUGAGGGAGAUGUAGUGGAAGGAGAUAGAGAGUGGAGCUACGGGCAUAUCAUCGAGUUUUGUUUAGAAAUGAAUACUGGCACAGAAUCAGCACCUAUCAAGGUAUUCCUAGAAGCCAUUUCAUCAGAUUGGUGGGGUCGUCACCGCACUGAAGGUUACUGCUACCUACCGCUUACACUAGAUCCUGGGUGCUACUCUAAAGAUCUCGCCUGCAUCAGGCCUGAGGAGUUGGAUGCAGUUGAAGCUGAGAGCAGGCGUUUCUUUUUAGGAGGUUGUCACUUGAUCAAGGAUUUGAAUGUCCUGGCUGAACCGCAGUUGAAGGAUGCAAACUACAAAUACACGACAACAGGAACUAUUAGUGUCCGAUGGAACAUCGUCUCUCAAGCUCAGGUCGGUGGUCUAGUUGCUCCACCUCCUCAACCGGGUACCAGUUCAGCAUCAGCGUUACUCUUGGGAGCUGAAGCUGCUUUAAAGAAGUACAAGAAAGCCAGAGCGAGACUCGCAGAAGCUACAAAAGACCUUAGUGAUGUGAAGUAUGCUGCAGGUGAUGGAUAGAAGACACAGAAGAUCAUUGUUAGAAAUCUUCUGCAGAAAUCGUCAGUUUGAAGCUAUCCCUCUGACUUAGAAAAGUUCUCUUCUCGUAUGGAUUGGCUUUAGUUAGACCGUUAUUGAAGCUUCAAGGAACGUUUCCUUUCCUCUGGCUUCAAGAAUGAUACAUAGAAAAAACUUAGUUAAGAAAUGAUAUUUAUAAGUUAAAAAGUGUACAAUCUAAGUCUGCAUACCCAUCUUUAUAUCUUAAGGUUCAAAAUGCAAUAUUCAAACAACUGUUCUUGACAUAAAAUGUAAUUUAUUUGUGAUUUAUUUUUAAAUAAAUAAAUUAGUUACACACGACAUUUAGUUUGGUUUAAUACUACCUAAAUAUAUAAAGAGGUAGAUUAUAAUUAUUACAAUUUAAUUUUUUACACUAAUAGGUUUACGCUCGAAUACUGAAAGGUAACU